CCGUUGGCGUUUUAAACAUGCGCGCGCUUGCGAUCCAGCCACAUAACCUUUAAAGACCAAACUUAAUUAUUUUUGUACGAAGUAUUGCAUGAUUAUCCGUUUGUUGAAUUGAAUAGAAUAGUCUGUGAUAGAAUCAACGAAAGAUAAGUUGUGAUGAUGUGCGAUAAUCCAGGUUUCGAUGAAUUGUUAAUUAUGUGUGUAGAAAAACAUCCCAAUGUAUACAACAAAAAAUUAAAAGAAUUUAAAGAUACCUUGAUGAAAGAAAAUUCAUGGUUAGCCAUUGCAGAACAUUUGAAUAGUGAUGCGGAAACAGUGAAGAGGCGAUGGGACAAUUUAAGGGAUCGAUUCGUUAGAGCCCAUACGGACAGUUUAAAACUUGCUCCUUCAGGUUCAGGAGCUGAUGUUAUAAGUACCAAAAGUACUUUUCCGUUUUUCAAGCUCUUGUUAUGGCUUGUACCGCAUAUCAGAAAGAGAAGACUCAUAUCAGCAACUCCGCGUGUUUCCCAGGCACAAGUGCAUACAGAAGAACACAUUGUAGAUGCAGAAGAUUCUGAAAUCUUCUCCUCACAAAGCAGCCCAAGUGUAGACAUUGAAGAAGGGUGGUAUGAUGUCAAUGACAGCGGAUUAUUAUCACCUACUAGUUCUGAACCACGCACCACUACUACCACUCCCAAAGCUACGAAAAAUAAAUCUAUCCCCGAGACAUUAACCAAAGCUGUGGAAUCAUUUACCUCAUUUGUAAACGCUAGAAAGAAGGGCAUUGAAUCUGACGCAUCACAUAAUUCGUCCGAUAUGAAUUUUAUGAGAUCUGUAGUGGUUGAUAUGGAACACAUUCCACAGGCCAAAAAACUGAAAUUCAAACGGGAAGUGUUGGAACUGUUGGAAAAAUAUACCUCGGAAGUAUAA